GUGCUGUGCAGUAACAGUCUGCUGGACUCCACGGAGUACUGGCUGAGGAACGAUAAGCCGCUGUGCCGCCUCGGCCUGCUGGAGCAGCGCAGUGACCGCUCCUGCACCACGGUGUGCUUUGUCAACCUUGAUCGUCAUAACGCCGAUCGUCAUGACGACAGCUGUAUCAAGAAGUUAGCGUUGGUCUCUCCUGAGCUGCCGCGGCUGAUAGAGUCUCUAGGAGUGCGGCAGCCCAAAGAAAAUGAGAUCCUGCUGCUGAGCGGCCUGCAGCCCCCUGAACCCUAUCCUCCUGAACACGCCCAAGCACAGAGUCAUCGGGCGGCAGAUGUGUGUUUGGUCCAGUGUGCGAGAGGGCGUCGCCCGACCCAGCCGGGCAGCAUCAUCUUCGAGAUAAACAAGUUUCUGAUUGGCCUGCAGUCCGGCCAGGAGAGGCGCCGCCUCAGCCGAUUGGCCAACCAGCGUGUCGCCGACGAUGACACCAACCGCUCCGUGUCCUCCAUUGAGGAAGACUUCCUCACAGCCUCGGAGCACCUGGGGGAGGACAGUGAGGAAGACCCCUUCAGAAACGAUAGUGUGGAUGUGGGAGAGGUGGCUGCGGAGUUGUUGAGAGGGAGUCGCCUCCCGCCCCCCCGCCAGCGCAGGGGCGUCGCCGGGACCCCCUCCCUCGAGCGGAACGACAGCGAGGACUCCGAGUCCACCCUGCGGCCCUCGCCCGCCAAGAACCCGCGCGAGUCGGCCGGCCGCUACGCCACCAACCUGGCCGAGACGGUGCUGCAGGACGCCUUCAUCCGCCUCUCGCAGGACGAGGCGCCCUUCUCGCCCGCCGCUGCCCUCAGCCUGCCUUCGUCCUCCUCUUCCUCGUCCUCCUUCCAGCUCCCCAAGAUCGUCAUCGUCCAGAGCCCCGACUGCGCCGAGGACGCCGCCGCCGGCGACUGGCCCGAGCAGGGGUCAGAGGUCGCCGCGUCCCGCGCCCCCGGCGAGCGGCAACGGCAGGCCCCGCAGCGCAAGCCGCACCCCAACCAGCAACGGCACCACCAUCAUCCUCACCAUCAUCAUCCUCACCCUCCGCACUCCAAGCAUCAGCACCAGAAGCUCAACCAGGAGGCCCAGCAGCAGCAGCAGCAGCAGCAGCAGCAGCAGCAUCACGUGGCCUCCAAGCCCCUGGAGGUGGCCCUGGCAUGUGCCGCCAGCGUGAUUGGCACCAUCUCCACUCCGCAGGUGGCACAGCACCUGGCCAUGGACCCUGGCGCGCGCACGGUGAUGGACGCGGACGACGACGACGGCGGACCGUGCGGCGCGGAGGAGGGCGAGUUCUCGCUGACCUCGGCCAUGUGCGGGAUGGCGCAAGUGGCCGGAGCCGUGGCGGCCGUUGACCUGCCCUUUGACCCCGCCGGCGAGCCGGACGACAGCGGCGGCGGCGGCGGCGGGCGCUACUCGCCGUCCCUCGGGCUGCUCUCGGCGGCGCAGGCCAGCGCGGCCGUGCCGCUCCACACCAGCCUGGCCGAGGGCACCAGCGUGGAGGCGUCGCGCGCCAGCCUGGCACGGGCGCUGCUCAGCGAGGCCACCAGCCUGCUGGCGCGACCCCGGCCCCAACAACAACAACAACAACAGCAACAACAACAACAACAGCUGCGCCAGCCUCGCAGCGUGGCACAGCUACUGGAGAGCACACAGCGCCGCCUGCUGGCCGGAGUGACCGGUACCGGCGAGCGCAGGGUCAGGGACGAAGAGCCGGACGAGGAGGAGGAGGAGGAGGAGGGGGGCGGCGGCGGCCAAGGGGAUCCCGAAGAGGAGGAGUACGCGGAGGAGGAGAUGGAGGAGGAAGAAGAUGAUGAAGAGGAGGAGGAGGAGGACGAGUUUGUGCGCGAGGUGGCGGAGAGCGUGCUGACCCACGCGCUGGACAAGGCGGCCAAGCGGCGCGAGCUGGAGGGCCGGCAGAAGGACGCCGACUGGGAGGGGCAGCUGCGCGACAGCGCCGAGGGCGUCCUGUUCGCCGUGCUGCGGCUGACCGCCCGGAGACUCGGACGCGUCUCGCGCCACGCCUCCAGGAGGGGUCGCCGAGACCGUAACCACGGCGACGGAGGGGAAGGAGGAAGAGGACUCUUACAGGCCCUGGAGAGAGGAGGAGGAAGAGGAGGAGGAGGAGGAGGAGGGUCACACAACGGGUCACCUCGCCGCACCCGCAAACUGAGCUUCGACGAGCACACACUGACCUCGGCGUUGUCCAUGGAGCUGGAGAGCUUUGGCGGAGUGGACAGAGGGGUGGACAGAGGUCAGUGGAAGCGCGCAGAGAGAGAGCGCAGCAUGGACGCCAAGCAGCCAUCGCUGGACAGCUCGCCGCGUCACGACCCGCGCCUCAGGGCCCGGGGUCACGAGGUCAAGCCCUACGGCCCUGAGCCCGCAGCACUCGCUCGCGAGACCGGCCGCACGCCCGUCACCUGCUUCGCCGAGGACCUGGCCGCCACGGUGGUCUCCAUGGCGACCGAGCUGGCCGCCAUCUGCUUGGAGAACUCGAGCGGCAAGCAGCCGUGGUUCUGCGCGCUCAAGGGCUCGGGGGCCCUGGGCGGCAUGAUGACCACGGGGCUGGACGCCGGGUCGUACCUGCUGCCCACCUGCCGCGCGGUCGGGCAACGGAGAGGAGGAGGAGGAGGGGGCAGUCUCCGCAAGAAGCACCGUCCACCGCGGCUGAGCGAGAUCAAGCGGAAGACGGAGGAGCAGCCCGAGCUGAUGGAGCGACUGGUCAACCGCGUGGUGGACGAGACCAUCAACCUGGACAUGGAGCCGGUCGGAAACGCGACCCCCUUCGCCCUGUUCGCCUCCGAAGUGACCGCGCGCAUCCUCAACUGCCCCGAGCUGAGCGUAGUGGACACUUCGUCCUCGACGGCGACGUCCAGGCAGCAGCAGGGUCCGGCGGCAGGGUCCGCCUCGGCCACCUCGUCGCCCUGUCCGUCGUCUCCCCGCGGGCGCCUGCAGUGCGAGCGCUGGAGCUCCAGGGGGAAGGCGGCCAGCUGCGAGAGCAUCCCCGAGGAGGAGCCCUCGGGCCUGGGCGGGGGCCGCGGCGGCGGUGCCGGGGGUCCCGGUGGGGGUGCCGGUGGGGGCCGCACCCUGGGGCCCGGCAGCCGCCUGGGGCCCGACCUCAGCCGCUCGGUGUCCAAGCAGUCGAGCUGCGAGAGCAUCACCGACGAGUUCUCGCGCUUCAUGGUGGGCCAGAUGGAGGCGGAGGGCCGCGGCUUCGACCUGCUGCUGGACUACUACGCCGGCAACAGCGCCAGCGCCAUCCUGCAGGCCGCCGUGCAGCAGGCCGCCACCGGGGGGCGCCGUAACAGCAGCGGCGGCGGCAGCAUCGUCAACGGCACCGUCAGCAACGGCGCUCACCUGAGCCUGCGCUCGUCCUCCUGCUGCCUGUCCAAGCAGUCCAGCACGGAGAGCAUCACCGAGGAGUUCUACCGCUACAUGAUCCGGAACAUGGACCGGGACGGACGGCCCGAGCUGCUGCACUUCGGUGGCGGGGGCUACGUGAGCGGGCUGAGCCGGGCCAAGGAGUGGAGCAACAACCUGCUGCCGCCGUCGCCGUCGUCCGGCCGGAACCCGUUCUGCAUCCGCCAGUCCUCGGUGCCCGACCGGCGCUCCUCGGACUCGCGGCUGACCGUCACGGCGCCCAUCAAGGCCAACUCGUUCGACGGGUUCGCGCGGGGAUCGCGCGGCAGCACCGGCGGAGGAGGAGGAGGAGGAGGAGGAGGAGGAGGAGUGGGGGGGUGCGGCGGGCUGAGCGUGCGUCCAGCCGAGAGGGCGUCGGCCGCCGGGCUGUGCAAGUCGGACUCGUGCCUCUACCGGCUGGGCCAGACGGACCGCGCCACCGACAUGCUCAUCCACGACACGUGGUCCAGCUCCAUCGAGGCGCUCAUGCGCAAGAACAAGAUCAUCAGCGACGCCGCCGGCGACGACGCCUGCGACGCCGCGGAAACGGUAACCACCACGACGACGGCAGCGGCGAGCGCGGCGGCAGCAGCAGCAGCGCAGCCCGGGGUGUGCAACUUCGCUAGCCGUCUGGCCGCGGACAUCGUGGAGGGAGGGAGGUCCGCGGCGGUGGGCACGAGCGGCCCGUCGACCGGUCAGCAGCAGCAGCAGCAGCAGGAGGCGGUCGCCGUCCGCAAGCAGCCGUUCACGGUCGGGGAGAGGAGGCGGGGCUUCAAGCAGUCGCGCCCGUCGGGCGGCCGGAGCCAGUCGAGUCUGGAGCGGCAGGAGAGCACGGAGGCGGGGCCGCAGGGCCACAGGGGCGGCGCCAGAGAGGUGCCACUCAUCCACAUCGAGCCCGACCAGAGGGAGGAGUCCAGGGAGGGGCCGGCGGAGAGGAGCGUCCAGCCAGGAGGCGGCGCGGAGCAGAGAGGGAGGGAGAGGACGCUAGUGGGCAGAACCAGCGACAGGGACAAGCCCAUCGCGGCGUGGCCGCCACCGCCGCCCCCGACGCCGGGCGAAAGCGAGCCGCCGCAGCACCGGUCUCUCAGUAACAGCAGCGAGGACAGCGGCUCGGGCAGCUGGGCGCAGGUCGUCGCCCCCGACGACGACCCCCAGGAGGAGAGCAGUAGCUUUAUCCACCUGAGCGAGGGGAAUGGGAACAGCAGCACGUCUAGCCUGGGACAGGUAGACUUGGAGGGAUUCCAGGAACCAUCUCAAAGAAUAAGUGACGAGUCUGAGAAGAAAGAUGCUUUGAAGGAGAGUCUUGAAGAGAGCCCGUCAAGUUCUUGUGCGGGUGGAGGCAGCGCCCGGGAGCUCCUGGUGUUGAACUUUGACCUGGAAGCAGACAGUGUGGACGUGGAGCUGCGCGCUACGCUCCAGUGGCUGGCCGCAUCAGAGCUGGGCGCUCCCGCUUUGCACUUCAGGAAGUCCCAGCAGCGCAACAUCCACAAGUUCCAGCGCGUGGUGCAGCUGGUGAGCCACCGGUCGUGGCGCGUGGGCGACCUGUUUGGGGCGGUGGUGCAGUACUGCCAGCUGCUGGAGGGCCAGCAGGACACAGCGCCCCCUGCAGGCCUCUUCGACUGGCUGCUGGAGAUGCGCUAGAGCCUCAGACCUCUUCUCCUCUCCCCACCAUCUAAUGGACCUGUUACAAACCUCACACACCCAUCCCCAGCCACCCAAACACACACAUACACGCGCACACAUACACACACACACAUCCAUUUUCCACACUACAGAGCAUUCCAAACUCUGAUCUAGCAUCCUUAACAUUCCACACUGUCUUAAAUCACCAUUUCAACCAUAAAAUCAGCCCAUUUUGCCAAACAACUGCACCAGAUAUUCCGCAAACCCUCCACCUCUCUCCACAAACCUGCAUUCAUUCAUUCCUGAACCCCUUCUCUCCAGACCAGCAAGCCCCUCUAGGACCGGCCACUGGAGCUGAAAGCAAAUGUGUGGUGGACGAGGCUCGUCCCACUGGUGUUGAGUAACGGAUGUUUUGUCCAGCAGUGUGCCCGGGCAACACACCUAUUGAAGGCCAGGCAACAUGGCCGCCACUGUAUGUAUGUACAGUACAGUAUCCUAUAAGCGCUGAGACGCUAUAGGCCCCAUCUCCUGACUGAACAGACCUCACCUUGGAAUCAUGGAGUGCCAUGAAACACAUUGCAUUCUGGGAACCAGGAACUGUUGAACUGCCUGGAUUACUUUAGUAAAUACUCGCCCCAUUGCCUGUGUCCUCCAUGACUGGACUGAGUUGAUAGGAGGACGUUGUCCCUUUAAGAAAAACAAAAAAACUACCCAGAGCUCUCCAUCUUAACAUGCACAAGGGGACCAAUCAGAGAGCAGCCUGCCUCAAGGAUGGCAAAGGAGGCUUCACCAUGGAAACGGCCUCAACGUCAACCUCUGGCACGCGCAGGACACCUACGCCGCUUCCUCCAGGACUAUCUCCUGAUCUUUGUGUCAGGCUUUCCAUCGGGGGGCCAUUGGGCCUGUGGAGUUACCAGCGUAACACCAAGCAGAUGCUCUGUUGUGGAGUGGGGUCCAGGAACUAUUUGAUCCAGAGGUUUAGACUUAUUAGGGUAUAUAGACUCUUUUUCCCCCUGUUGUUACCCUGCUUCCUUCUCAUAAUACUUCCAAUUAAUGUGCACAGCCCCCCCCCACACCACCCCCUUAUACCACACCCCUCCCAACCCCUACCCUCACACCUUCACUUAGUUGAUGUUUACAUUAACCAAGACGUUGUUCUUCCCUCGUGCUGUUUCUGUUUUAUUUUUUAUUUUCCUCCUCUCUCUUGUUUCGUUUCGUUUUGUUGUUCUUUCGGAUUGUGUUGCGCUGGCCUGUGACGGAGUGAGUUGUGAGCUGAGAUGCGUUUAUUUUAUGAUAGCUGUACAUAGUGUAGAGUCAGUGCGACAGCCACACCUUUCUCCCCCGGGCUCGAGGGGGCAGCACCACUUCCUUUUUCAGACCCACGGACAGAGAGACAGACAGACAGACAAACAGGAGAGAUCUGUUGUCGAGACAGACAGACAGACAGACAGACAGACAGACAGACAGACAGACAGACAGACAGACAGACAGACACGCAGGGGCCUGCACUGUAGAUCUAUUGUUGCGACAGAGAGACAGACAGACGGCUGAAGAGAUCUGUUGUUCAGACAGACAGGCAGCUGAAGAGAUCUGCUGUUUAGAUACGCAGGGGCCUGUACUGUAGAUCUAUUGUUGCGACAGAGAGACAGACAGACGGCUGAAGAGAUCUGUUGUUUAGACAGACAGGCAGCUGAAAAGAUCUGUUGUUCAGACAGACAGGCAGCUGAAGAGAUCUGCUGUUUAGACGGACAGGUAGAAAGACGCGCUGAGAGAUACACACACACACACACAUAUGGACAUAUGGAGUAGCAAAGGAGCGUCUUCAAUGUUAAUUUGUACGUGGCUCGGUUUUGUGAAGUUUUCACACUGAGUAGUUGUGACGUUUGUGUUGUAUAUCAGCAAACAAAGCACACAGACAUACACACACACACACACACACACACACACACACAAACAUACACACACACACAGAUGCUCAAACUGUUACUGUAUUGAAUGUAUUUAUCUUUCCAGAUCAAUAAAUUGGACUUA